UCGCAACGCCAUAAUAUCAAUAAAAGGGAGUGCUUAGUGACACAUCGGGCAGAUUAGGCAUGUCGUGGGAUGUAGGUUCCGGCGCAGCGGAAUAUACAGUUAGUGAUGUUCGCGCUGUGGUAUUGGAGCGUGGUGCUGGUGGUGCUGGUGGCGCGGUGGGCGGCGCCGGUCGCGGCUGUAGUCGGAGGCGCGCCUGCUGCUCCUCCCGAGCCUGAUGCGGCUGUUAUCUUCGUGCAACGGCACGGCCGCAGUGCCAGGCUCCAGGGCAACAAAGACGAUCGACUUGGCUACUACAGCUUCUAUGGAAUAAGAUAUGCGUUCCCACCAGUGGGCCCUAGACGAUUCCAACGUCCAGUGCGACAGUACCUCUCAGGAGAGUUAAAUGUGACGAGACAAUGCUUGCCGUGUCCCCAACGCGACCCUUACGUGCCGAACCGCAUCAUUGGCAACGAAGACUGCCUCUGUCUCAAUGUCUUUGCUCCGAAGAUGCCUGGCGAAGAAAAAGGCUGUCCAGUAGUAUUCUUCAUUCACGGUGGUAAUUAUAAGAGUGGUUCUACUGCGAGUUACGGCGGUCAACAUUUCACGCAAAAAGAUACUAUUCUUGUGACGGCACAAUACCGGUUGGGGUCCCUCGGCUACCUGAGCACGGGCCAAAGAGACGCUUCGGGGAAUUUCGGUCUUUUCGACUUACACUCUGCUAUGGAUUGGAUCAAAGACUAUAUUCAAUUCUUCGGCGGUGACCCAGCUCGUAUCGUGGUGAUGGGCCAGGGCUCUGGCGGCAGCGCGGCGUCUUUGUUCGCCAUGUCGCCUGAGGGCCGCAGCGCCACGGGCGUGGCGGCGCUGUCGGGCGCUCCGCUGUCGCCCGGCGCGGUCCGCCCCCAGCCCGAGAAACACGCCGACACCAUCGCCGAACGCACUGGAUGCCCAAAGUCACCUGCAGAAAGUCUCAUGAAAUGUUUGCGGCAAAUGACCACUGAGAAAAUUGUUAUGGCUGAUGAAGAUGUAGACAUGAACCAGGUGGUCGACACUAUGAAGUUCUUAAACGAAAUCUCGGGACGUUCAGGUGCCGGUGCUAGAGUGGAAGGCGAGUAUGACCACCGAGGCCUACCCCCCAUUGUAGCCGAGAAGCCAGAUGAAUCAUUGAACAGGAAACAAAAACGCCCGCCCAUGCUCACCGGCGUUACCUCGGCUGAAACCUCUAAAGCUGUAUUUGGAAAAUACAACCAGUUCUUAACAGGACAGCUGCAACUGGUGAAAGAUUUUAUUAAGAAGGAUCUGAUCGGCGGUUUGCAAGGAGUGGUGUCGGGUGUUGAAGGAUUACUGCCUAUUAAUGCUGCGGUCCAAUCUCUUCUGCCUAUUGCCUUGCCGGACUAUUAUACAGCAGUCUUCAAUGCUACUCUUCAAACUGUGGAUGGACUGUCAGAGAUUGUUGAAGCUACAA